UGCAACCGCGACUGUGACGUAGCGAGCGGUGAAAAACUAAACCGAGUGAAUUAGGCCGCAGAAACCCGCUUCGGCGGUCGUGUUGUGUUCUGUGUCGUACCGUGACGUUCGGCGAUCGUAGAAGAUUCUGUGUACUAAUUUAUCGUAGUUGAUGUGAUAAAAAAUUAUCAUUGAAUGAUAUCUAGUAUAAUAUUACUGUUUCGUCGUUCGUACCUGUGCACAGCUCAGACUAGUGGUGUUACUUGUGAAGUGUUUGUGGUGAAGAAAUAUUUUGGUGUAAACAUUGUAUGCCCCGGGCCCGGGACGAGAUGCAAGUGAACGUAGCAGGUCUCAGAAGGAAUAUAAAGAACCUCGCACACAACUAUUCCGAUGCUCAGGUCAAAGUUCGCGAGGCGACUUCAAACGACCCAUGGGGUCCGUCCAGCACGCUCAUGGCGGAGAUCGCCGACCUCACGUACAACGUCAUGGCCUUCACGGAGAUCAUGCAGAUGAUAUGGAAGCGUUUAAAUGACCACGGCAAGAACUGGAGGCACGUUUACAAAGCUCUGGUCCUGAUGGAGUACCUCAUCAAGACUGGCAGCGAGAAAGUGGCGAUGCAAUGUAAAGAGAACAUUUAUGCGAUACAGACAUUAAAGGAUUUCCAGUACAUGGAAGAAGGAAAGGAUCAGGGUCUCAACGUGCGGGAGAAGGCGAAGCAGCUGGCCAACUUGCUGAAAGACGACGAGCGGCUGAAGAACGAGCGCGCUCGGGCUCUCAAGGCCAAGCAGCGGUUCGCGCAGAGCGCCAGUGCCUUCGGCAGCGACGGCGCACUCGACACGCCCUCCAGCCCAACCUUCCCCUCCGGCGAGUCGGGGUCGUGGGGGGGCUCGGCGGGGGGCGGCGCGGAGGGGGUGGACGGGGCGGCGGAGCUGGCGCGGCCGCUGACGGCGGGGGAGGAGGAGCUGCAGCUGCAGCUGGCGCUGGCCAUGAGCCGCGAGGAGGCGGAGCGGGAGGAGCGCCGCCGGAGGUCGGACGACGUGCGCCUGCAGCUCGCCAUCAGCCAGUCGCAGCACGACUUCCAGACGAGUCCUGUGGAGGCGGCGGCGGAGCGCUCGCAGUCCCACCUGCUGGACCUGCUGGACGUCAACCUGUCCCCCGCAGCCCCGCCCCCCCGCGCCGCGCCCCUCGACCCCUGGGCCCUGCCGCCGCCGGCACACCAGGACACGCGCGCGGAUCCAUGGGGCGGCCCUCCUCUCGGUCCGCCGCUAGGCCCUCCGUUGGGUCCGCCGCUGGGCCCUCCGCUGGGUCCUCCGCUGGGAGACCUCCGUGACCCCUGGCCCCCCGCCGACCCCUGGGCGCCCCUCGAACAGAGUAAAUCCCCGCAGUCGGUGCUGUCCUCGGGCUCCUCCUCGGAGCUGGAGCAGUUCGACGCGCUGUCGCAGCGCCGCGGCGCGCCCCCGCCCGCCGCCGACCCCUUCGACCUCUCCGCCCUGGAGAGCAGCCUGAGCCCGAGCAACGGCACGGGCGCCGUCAAGAAGUCUCCCUCCGCCUUCCUCGGGGAGAACUCCUCCCUCGUCAACCUGGAGCGGCUCGUGCAGCCCGCGCCCCCGCCCCCGCACAACCCCUUCCUGCAGCACGCGCCGCCCGCGCCCCCAACGCGGCUGAGCAUCAACGAGUUGAAGCAGCAGCAGAUGGGCGUGGCCGGGGUCCUCGACCCCUGGGCGCCCGCCGCCGCGCCCUCGCGCACCCCCAACCCCUUCCUCUCCUAGCGCCCCCCGCCGCCCCGCGCCGCCCCCCGCCCGACCUCACGGUGAGACGCGACGCGCCCCGCCCGCCCGCGACGACUACACACAUGAACAUUCUAACCGCGCUCAUUGUUGUUCAGAAACGUUACCGCCCCCCGCGCGGUCCGCUGUGUCUUCAGUCGAGGGGUCACAGGUGCUCACGCCUUUUGCAAUUCCGCUGCUAAUGGUGUAACAUCAACAGUGUCUCGGGUCCACAACGUGUGGUCACACGCGGGGUGACCACGCUUCGUCAGUACACAUGCGGUACUUCGAUGCAAUUGAAUUCUAUACUGUGUGAAGGCGAGCUGAGUGUGCGAGGAGGGAGAGGGGCCGCCCCCCGCGCCCCUGGCACCGGACCAACGCUGUGACGUCACGGUUUCCUACUGAACUAAUUAUCAGCAGUCAUCAUUAAUUUGAGUAAUUGUUGUUGUUGACUUCACAUUAAACCCGUUUGUUGAUAUAAUUAUAUGGUAUGAGUAAUGAAUGCGUGCAUAGUAAAGGUACCGUGUGAGGUGAGGGGGGUCGCGCUGCCCCCCAACCCCUCAGACCCAGGGGGUCGGACGACUGUAGCUUAACAAAUUGUCGUUAGUUUUAAUGUAUUAUGCAGAUAUUUUUCCAAGAGUAAAAAAAGAAAAAUAAAAGUGUAUUUUUUUAAAAACAUGUAUGUCCAACCCGCCCCCGAUGUCUGGAGGCGAAACAGAACAAUCGAUUUCAAUUUCUUGUGACGUAAUAUGAUAGUAAACGACUCACUGUGAUUACUUUGGAACUUAAAUUAAAGUAUUAGAUUUUACUGACAUGUGACGUCACAAAUGUUGUGGGUCGCUCCAAGCAGGACUGUCGACAUAAAAUAUGAAGAAUAUCAUAGAUAAGUGAGGUAACGACGAGGCGGGGUUGUGUCUAACAAUGCGCCCCGGGGCAGCACCGCUCGAGGCUCCGGACGACAAACUUCGAACAAAAUUACUAAUGUAAUAUACUUUACUAACAAACUUUGCGAUAAUAUAAGACUUCUUUCGGAAAUGAAUGUUUUGAAUGUUGCGCGACGGUAGAUAGAUAAUAGUAUUAUGUUUAAUGUAUUAUAAUGAAAUACGACUAGUGCCGGAGGAGGUUUGGCGGGUUCCAUUAACGGAACCGUUCAACGUGCCUUACGUAGAUACGCGUGUGUGUGUGUACGUGCGUGCGUGCGUGUGUGUGUGCGUGCGUGACGUGUCAACUGCAGCACUGCCAGCUGUGCAGGGUGCGUCGGAUAUCUUACUGCGACACGAGUAGGGAUCGUGUUAACAACGUCGUCAAGUUCGAGCCCCGUGAGCUCAUCCACUCGCCCGGUGACGCUGACAUGGCCUCUCAAGUAGUCUCAAGGUUAUCAGCUUGGGUAGGAAAGAAAAAGCGAAACGCGCAAUGUAAGGCGCAGUGCUCGACUUCGCAGUACAUUACCGGUUGAGCAGCAAUUAGGUAAUGUUAUGCUGUUGUCCCGCGGCACCCUGUACACGGCGGGGUCAAUUAUUGACAAUUUACAUUGGUGCAACCAGAACGUAUUGACUUCAAUACGUAGCGCCUGACUCGUCUGCGCCGAACUAUCGUGUCUUAUAAAAAUUGCAGACUCGAUAGGUACAUGCGACUAUGUUCUGAGCGCUUCUGUAAGCCUACACUUGAAAUGUGAUGUUCACAAGCGCUCACAACUAGCAUGUAGCAACUUUAUUACCAAUAGAGCUGCGUUUUAGCCUCCAGACGUUUAGUAAUGACAGAAUUUGCAGGUGGUAAUGUAACUAAAAUUGUAAACACUGCAACAUCGAAUAAGACAACUCCGCAGUGUGUCGUGGCCCGGGGGCGCUAUAUAGCAUAACAACGGAAUUAUUAUUGUAUUAAUGAACGUCUCGAUUCAAAAUGCCGUUAUUAGGGCUAGGGUUACCGCGACGUAAAUAUUUGUAUAUUCAAAUUAUUAUUUUCUUGUCGUGAAUGUAAUAUCCGCCAUGUUUGACGUCACCCGAAGGCAGUCAGCGGCUUGGCUCUGCCCCUGGCAUUGCUGUAGUCAUGGGCGACGGUAACCACUCACCAUCAGGUGGGUCAUAUGCUCGUCUGUUUACAAAGGCAAUAAAGAAAACGUUGGUGGGUUCUAUCGAAUUGGAUAUUUAACCGACGAAAAAAUCUGUUACGCCUUGAAGCCAUCCCUAAUCUGUUAGUAACUAAUUAAAUCUACAUUCUCUGAACACGACCCAAGACUCUGUUUAAUAUUUGUGUUGUUGGGUGCCGGUCGAUCCCCCCUCUUUGUGACGUCACAUGUGGUGUUUGUUUGCGACCAAAACUACAUUGGUCACGUGACUCGCGACAAGCGUUUUGACGGUAUUUUGUUUGGGCGAACUUGUAAAAGCCAGAUAGAUGUAAUUUUUAUAAGUAUUUCUAUAACGACGACUCCUAAUAAGGUUGAUUCGUGUGCGACCUGGGUGUUUGGAGACUUAUUAUUGUUAAAUAUAAAUUAUGUUGAACCGGUAUUCCGUACAAAUUGUAAUCAUUGAAUUAUUUCAAAUACAUGUUAUGUAUAAUUUGUGACGUCACGUGAUUUUAAAAACCGUCGUCGGUGUGCAGUGUACGCGGUGUUGCCAGCGCGAGGAAAUUAUGCAGUUGCCAGUUUAUAAAAAUAGCAUUUAUUAACGAUAACACCAAUUAAAGCAAUAAUUAAGUGUAAUUGUCGCGUUUUUCAUCGCUGGCAACACGUUUUCGCUUUUGAAAGCGUUGUAUAGAUAAAUUAUGGUUUUUAAUAUAAUGAUUUUUAAAUAUUUUAUUUUGACCAAUAAAAUGCAUCGAUUCUAAUCCAAUAUGUCACUAGCUAGGAAGAAACUGUAAAGAAUUAAUGUAACUAUUUAAUAUUAAAUGUAUAAGUUUUUCAA